GCUCCUACAGGUCUGAGCACUGCGCCCCUCAGCCGGGAUUUUAUGGACCCUCCCAGCGUUCCCGAAGGGAUGUCUGGGGGCCCAGGCACCGGAGGGUCGACUUCUUCUUCCACAUCUUCAUCCAGCUCCUCCUCCUCCUCUUCUUCUGCUUCUUCCUCCUCCUUCACGGCAGUGGUGUCAAGGCCAGCAGAGGCCCCAAAAGAGAAACAGGAGACCCCCGAGCCAGAGUACCUGACUUCUCGCUGCGUCCUCUUCACCUACUACCACGGAGACAUCAGCAGCGUGGUGGACGAGCACUUCUCCAGGGCCCUCAGCUCCUACAUGGAAGGAGAGGGCAAACGGCGGGCAGCAGAACAACAGGGCACAGACGCUCCUUCACCGAGCAGCCGGAGGAGCUUCCCCCCAUCCUUCUGGGACAGCAGCUACUCUUCCCCUCAGAGCCGCCCCCACUGCGAAUCCAGCGCACCCUCCUAUUCCAUGGACCCGUACGCGUCGGGGCUACAUCCGGGCCUGACGCACCCACACGCCCAUCCUCACCCACACGCCCAUCCACACCCCCACGCUCACCCGCCGGAAACCUGGGGGUAUCCUCAGGCCCAGGCUUACGGCCACCCACGGCCUUUACGUGAACUGUACUCACCGUCGGCUCUGGAGCCUCACUAUGGGGGUCUGCUCAUGCCUACRGUGAGACCGCCUCAUCUACCCACUCUGCAGAGCCAUUAUGAAGUCAGCAAGCUGGAGCCCCCCACCUCUUGGCCCAGUCUGCUUCCUCCUGGAGAUGUGAGCCAGACGCUGGCGCUCAACAUGGAUGCAGGCCUCCAGCAACACAAGAAAGGCAAGGAGCUGUACUGGUUCUAACGAGCCCUUAAGUCACUCUGACCUGCCAUUACCAGAUCCAAUUAGUCCCUGGACCUGCUCCGCUAUUGAAGCAGCGUGUCCCUUUAUCCCCGCUCACACUGCAUCUCCCCCCGCACCCCACUAUCCAUCCACCCCCUUGUUUCUGUUUCUAGCCUCCCUUGCCAGUAUACAGCCUUGCUCCAGGUCGACGUGUGUGCACCAUGGAGAUAAAGCAGAGAGAGGGGAACGCGGCAGAGAGAGAGACACAGCGUCUGAACUGGCUGUGAUCUGGGCUGCUGCUCUCUCUUUCUGAGCCUCUUCCAUCCGGUCUCUGUGGUCGGCGCCGGCCGGUGCAGCACAGACCCUGGCAAGAUGAGAGCGCCUGCGACCUGUUUGGGCUGAGAAAGACAGAAUCACAGCAGAUUCUUUGCAGAGGACGGUGGGACGGAGGGAUGAACAGAGGGGCAGAGGGGAUGAACAGCAGGAAGCAGGGAUUUCUUCCAGCGGUUAUCUCUGUCUCAUGCUCUGUGUUGUCAUUAUCCACUUAUCUGCAUUUCACAAAUGCAACAUGCAGCAAUACCCGAGGGCAGAAAUGAUGGCAGUUUAUGCUUUGUGACGUUCAUCAUGAAGCCUUUUUUAAAUAUUAUAAUUAAAUACUUCCCUCCAGAASAAAGUGUUUCUGUUUAUCAGUAUUGUUGUGUAUUUGUAAUUUGAGGCCAGUGUUCUGAAAUCACUCUYCUUCAGUUUGUUGAGUUUCUUAAUCUGGGAGGUGAUUGAGCAGCCCAGGCCAUKUAUUUCUGAUGGAAUUUCUUAUUUAUCAUUUGUUUAAAAUGUUGCCAAAUCAUUUCUCAAAACCAUAUUUGUUCAUGAUCAAACAGGUGAAAUCUGAACAUCCAGUGAAGAUUUUUAUUUUUAUUUUCAUGUUGUUUUAUUUUAGUUCUGUAUUUAUAUGAUGUCACAUAGGUGGUAUGGCCUAGAACU